GAGCCAAGAACCUGUACAUCAUCUCCGUGAAGGGGAUCAAGGGGCGUCUGAACAGGCUGCCGGCGGCUGGCGUGGGCGACAUGGUGAUGGCGACCGUCAAGAAGGGCAAGCCAGAGCUGAGGAAGAAGGUCCACCCAGCAGUGGUCAUUCGGCAGCGGAAAUCGUACAGGAGAAAAGAUGGGGUGUUCCUCUAUUUUGAAGACAACGCGGGAGUGAUAGUAAAUAAUAAAGGUGAAAUGAAAGGCUCUGCAAUCACAGGCCCUGUGGCUAAGGAGUGUGCAGAUCUGUGGCCCAGGAUAGCCUCCAAUGCAGGAAGCAUUGCAUAAACGCGUUCAUCUUCAUAGAGAUAAAAUAAAAGUCCUUGUACCAAA